AAAAAAAAAUAAUUUUACUUCUUUGUUUUUCUGCCACUUUCACAAACAAUGUCAAAUUCCAAUGAAAACAAGAAACACAUUGCAGUGUUUCCUUUCCCCUUCAGCAGCCACCUUUUACCUCUCUUAACCCUCACAAUCAAUCUAGCUCAUGAAUCUCCAAACUCUCACUUCUCAUUCAUAAGCACACAAAAAACCAACCAAACCCUCUUCUCAAAAACAAACAUACCAAAAAACAUCAAACACUACAAUGUAAGUGAUGGAAUCCCAAAGGGUGAUGAACUACUUCCCGGUAGUGAAGUGACCUUUUAUCUCCAAACAGGUCCAGAGAAUUUCCAAAAUGGUAUAGACUUAGCAGUUGCAGAGUCAAAAAAACCAAUCACUUGCAUUAUAGCAGAUGCUUUCGUGACACCAACGUUUGAUGUUGCUAAAACCUUAAAUGUUCCAUGGAUUCCUGUUUGGAUUCCAAUGUCAUGCUCACUCUCUGUCCAUUUUCAUGGUGACAUAAUACGUGCACAUUGUUCUGUAAACGAUGUAAACAGAACAUUGGAUUUUCUACCUGGUUUAUCAGUGCUACGCGUUGAAGAUUUGCCGCAUGAUAUUCUCAUGACAGGAACUGAGAAAGAAAAUGUUCUUACAAGAGCACUUGAUUCACUUUCAAAGAUUCUACCUGAAGCUAAAACAGUAGUUGUGAGUUUCUUUGAGGAAUUAGACUUACCACUUUUUGUUGAAGACAUUAGAACUAAGUUAAAAUCCAUGCUUUACGUUCCACUUUUUAAUUUGAAACCAAAAACAACACCACAAAAUGAAAUAGAUGAAAGUGGGUGCAUUUCAUUUUUGGAGGUGCAGAAAGCAAAAUCAUUGCAAGUUGUGUAUGUUAGUUUUGGAACCACUGUUGUGGAACCACCUGAACAUGAGAUUGUGGCAUUAGCUGAGGCAUUAGAAGAAUAUGGAUUUCCAUUUAUUUGGUCUUUGAAAGAGAAUCUAAGGAAUCUGUUGCCAAAUGGGUUUGUUGAGAGGACAAGUACACGUGGCAAAGUUUUGGGUUGGGUGCCACAAAGUAGAAUUUUAGGACAUGGUUCAAUAGGUGCUUUUGUGAGUCAAGGUGGGUGUAACUCUAUGCUUGAGGGAAUUUCAAAUGGGGUGCCUAUGAUAUUUAGGCCUUAUUUUGCUGAUCAAGGGAUUAAUGCAAGAUUGGCAGUGGAUGUGUGGGAGGUUGGUGUGAUAAUUGAAGGUAGGGUGUUUAGUAAAAAUGGUUUGCUUAAGAGCUUGGAUUUGAUUCUUGUUCAACAAGAAGGGAAAAGGUUUAGAGAAAAUGCUUUGAAGAUGAAGAAGAUUCUUGAAGAAGCUAAUGGACCUAAAGGCCGUGCAACACACGAUUUUAAGAAACUUGUGGAAUUGGUUUCAAGCUCUUGAGCUACCUACCAUAAGCCAUGGAACUAUGCUUGUCAUUGCAUCUACCUAUAUGUUAUACAUUAAAUAACAAACAUAAUGUAUUUCUCUUUUACGUAUUGCACGGUUGUGCUAUGUGUGUUGUAUUUCUUUUUAAUAAUAUAAAAUUAUCAAAAUUAUGG